AUGUCAUCGCUGCGCAACGCCGUUCAGAGGCGCCAGCACCGUGAGCGGGCGCAACCUGAAGCCCGAGAAAAAUGGGGCCUUCUCGAGAAACGCAAGGACUACUCUCUUCGCGCUGCAGACUACAACCUCAAAAAAGCAAAGCUCCAACGCCUCCGGGAAAAGGCCCGCGAUCGCAACCCCGAUGAGUUCAACUUUGGGAUGAUGUCCUCAGGAUCUCGCACCCAAGGGCAUCAUGGUGCGCGAAAUAAUUCACAGUCUUCACUAAGCUUAGAGACGGUAAAGCUCCUUAAAACCCAGGAUGCUGGUUAUUUACGAGUAGCGGGCGAGAAGAUCCGGAGGCAAAUGGAGAAGGUUGAGAACGAUAUCAGGCUACAAAAUGGCAUAAAGGCGACUUUGGAUAAGCACAAACGCCACGAAGAAAUAGACGAAGACGACGAAGAUACAAGUGAUGUCUGUGGUGUAAAGAAACAAGGGAAAAGGGUUGUUUAUGUGAACUCCGUCGAUGAACAGACUCAAUAUAUCAAUAGGGUCAAAGAGGGAAGCAGAAACAGCACAACUACACAAAAGCACCCCACAUCUACACAACAGCCGUCCAAGAAGCAGCAGGAUGCACAAGAAAAAGCGCGUCGAGAGGUAGACACUGCCAAAAGGCUGAGAAAGCGGGCAGCCCUGGCCCGGCUGAAGAAGCUUGAAAUUUUGAAAAAGCAGCACCAAGAUUUCAUAAGUGCGGAGCGGGGUCUAGAACUUCAACGUGCCAAAAUGGAAAAUUCAGUGGGUGGCGUGAAUAAGUACGGCAUUAAGUGGAAGGUUAGGGAGCGAAAGAGAUGA